AUGUCCUCCAACUCACCAACCACGAUGCGCGGCAAAUCCACCAUCCGUCUGAAGCGUCGUUCUCCUGCCUCCAUCAAAGCCAAGCAGUUCCGGGACAGGAUGGACAGCCUCCCACCCGAACUCUGGGAGAUGAUCUACAAGUUGACGUUCACGCCCUCGAGUAACACAACCAUCGAUGUGACGUGCACCAGACCUGGAUCCAGGCCCUGGUUCCGCCUCAUCCCACAACCUCCAUCAGAGCCCAUCAUCAAACAUUCGCCUGAGAUUCCUUUCCAGCUCAUGCAGGUCGACAGAAUGACGCGCGCCAUGUUCAUGGCCCCUUUUCUCAAGUCGACUACCUUCAUCGUUGAGGACAUCUCGCUGUGUGAGGCUUGGACCAGGCACAUGCCGUCGACCAUUGUGAAGAAGCUUCGCGACGUUCGAUGCCUCAAGCGAGCCGUCGCGCCGUGGUUCCGAAGUCAGAAGAUUCCGUAUUGUGUCGACCCGGAUCAGAUUGAGGAUUUCGCGAAGAUGCUCAUUCGUGAGAGGGCGCAGAGGUCUCGAUGCGGAAAGGCAACUUUCAAGUACGAUUGUGAUGUAAGUGUUGUGCGCAUGCGGACAUGGCAAGGUUGA